AUGGUUGGAAAAGUAGUGAUAAUAACCGGAGGAAGUAGUGGAAUCGGUCUAGAGACUGCCAAGAAUUUGGCAGAUCGUGGUGCUAAAGUAAUAUUAGCAUGUCGUAGUCCUAGUCGUGCUGCGGCAGCUAAGGACGAAAUAAUUAAAUUUACUGGUAACACCAACGUUCACUACGAGCAAUUAGAUUUAGGUUCUUUAGAGUCAGUGCGCAAAUUCUGUACGAAAAUACUAGAAACUGAAAAACGUCUAGACGUUCUCAUCAAUAAUGCUGCUGCUGGAGGCCUUGGUAAUAGAAAGACUAAGGAUGGACUACAUGUAGGAAUGCAAGUAAACUACUUUGGCACAUUUCUUCUCACGUGUUUAAUAUUACCACUUUUGAAAAAGUCUGCUCCAAGCCGCAUAGUAAAUGUUUCUUCGAUUAUUCACUACUAUGGAGAAAUGGACUUCGAUAAUCUUAAUAUGGAAAAAUAUUGGAGUGAUUUUUUAGUUUAUGCAAACAGUAAGCUAUAUCUCAACCUCAUGACCUUAGAGCUCAGUCGAAGACUGAAAAACACAAAUGUAACAGUAAAUGCUUUGCAUCCAGGAGUUUCUGCAACAAAUAUUUUCAGAAAUAUCAAGAUAUCUGUUAUUCGAAAUACGCUGUUGAAAAUUAUAAACUUUACAUUUAAAGAUUCAUGGGAGGCUUCUCAAACGUCUGUUUACCUGGCAGUAUCACCUGAAGUGGCUGAUGUAAGUGGACGAUAUUUUAGUGACUGUUGUGAAAAGACAGCUUCACAGCUUUCGCGUGAUCCAGAAUUAGCCAAAAAAUUAUGGACAGAAUCUGAAAGAUUAGUGAAGUUUACAUUGCCUCAUUAA